AAACACCACGGUAAUUUGUGAUUCAAACACUCUGUUAUACAUAUAUACUAUGAACCUGGUUAUAAGCUUCAUGAGUAAUAAAAUAUGAGUGGACUAAAUAAUGCCAAAAUGCAGGUUUGGUGGAAGGGGGUGACAUAAAAAAUGUUACUCCCAUGUACACGAAAAAGUUGUUUGACAAAUUACCCUUUGUGGCAUGUGUUGUGAAGGAGUAUAAAGGAAAUGGGUUGGGGGAUCUGUUUCUCACUGUUAAGGACUCAAAGCACACUAUCCAGGCUAACGUUCACAAUAAAGCAGUUUCACAUGCUAAAUGUGGUCUACUGAUUGGUAUUGGGGUUGUAAUUUUACUGAAACAAGUGUUUGUAUUCAAUUCUAAGGCAGAUAAGUUGUACUUAAACAUCACUCUAAGGAAUAUUGUUAAGUUCUUCAACCAUGACAUCAGUGAUCCAACAAUGGAAGAGGUAGCAGCUUCACACAAAGGUUGAUGUAGAAAAGGAACCACCCCAACAACCUGUUCAGGCACAGAUAAACCAUACAUAACCACUUAUUGUAAACCCUGAUGUUGAACCAAUUGUUCAGCAAAAUGUGGAAAUCAAUAUGGAUCCAAAUAUGGAGCAUUUGGACCAAAUCCUUGUGCAGACAAUAAAGGAUAGUAGUGAAGAUGAGAAAAUAACCUACAUCAGCAUUAAUGAUAGAAUUAAAAGCUUGGUUGAUCCUUUCAAGAAAUUCAAGAACACUCAGGCAGGGCAAUCAUCAAAGCCACAACCAUAGUGCCAAGUAUAUCCCAUUAAAUAUUAUGGUUUUCGAUGACAUCCUGAACUCAAUGUUAAGUUUAGUUUUAUUGUGUCAAACGUUAUCUUAUGCAAAACAUUAUGGGUAUUUUGAUUUUUAAAUUGAUUGUAAUGUAUGACAUGUAA